UGCGCUGCUGGCUGUGCUGUCGCCAACUGGAUACGGGCCACCACAAAUACACGCGCAACAGAGGGACGGUUUGGGUACUCGAGGCUCGGGCCCGACGUGUCCCAAACGAUCUUUCAUUCACUCUGGCUUUAACAACGAUAAGCCUGCAGCAUCAGGCGUCCUCAAGACAAGGUAGUCCAGUGUCUGUCGUCACUGACACGACUCUCGCAACCGCCCAGAGUUCGCCUCGGACACCACCGACGCCCACUUGGGCACCACAGCAACAACUUCAUCUGCACAACCAGCCGCAGACUGCCUCGUCCGCAACCAGACUUGAACGACACUUCCUCCUUGACUUUGGCAAAGAGAAUCAAUGUAGGCGGGCUCAAGAAGACUGCCGCGCAGGGGACAUAAAUUCAAUGACGGGAAGGAGAUCUGUGGCACCGAAUGCCUCGAUACAGCAGACCACUGGACCGCCACCCCAGGAAACAAACCAGCAGCCUCCCUCGCCUAGAACGUCUUCUCAGGAAGCACACGAUGUCCGCUCGUAUGGUCCGGCUGAGCCCGUUGGCAGGCAACUGUCGUCUACACCGCGAGGUCUUGGGGUUCAGAAUAUCCUCAAUACGACCGAGGGUGACUAUCGGGCCCCGGGAGUGAAUACUUUAUACGUACCAAAGACCAGAGGCGCCCGGGAAUCGCCUCAAAACCAACCGACCCAGCAGUACCAAGCCCACAAACACUAUCCGCCAGCGAUGACCGGAUCGAUGACCGAAUCCUUCUUCGAACGUCGCCCAGAGAAUCGUGAUUCUCCCCCAAACCAAACUCCCGCACCCUUACUGUCACCAAGACGGAUCCUGAGUCCCCGGGGACCCCGAUCAUCGAGCAUUCGACCCGGGCCACCUCCGCACGAGCUGGACAAGCGACUGCAAGCUCCAGUGGCGCAGGCCGCCCCGGCCAAGAGACCCUAUGAGGAUGUUUCCUCCAGCGACCACCUCUCCGGUCCAGCCUCUAGGCGUCUGCCCAACAGUCUACCUCACACGCCGAAUCCUCCUGGUGCCUCCCCUGCGCGCGCAGCAUCGCAGCCAGCAACGCAGCCUUUUGGUACACCGCAUGUGCUAACCCCUAGCGUCAAUCCAUGGAUGUCUCAAGAGCGAGGCCCUGUCUCUCCCCUGGAAACGCCGCAUUUGCAUACCUAUGGCAUCAACAGGUCUGCAUCAACAUCAGGAACGAUUGCUCCGAGACCUGGACAGCAUGGCCAGCCAGCAGGGGCUUCUGCCAUGAGUCCACGUGCUCUGGGAUUGGAGGGAAGCCAGGCCGCUUCGCUGAUGCGUCUUCCAGGCUACGAGCACGAGCCCAUCGAGGUGCAUGUCGAUACGUCGCAGGGCUCGCGGAAGGCGAGCGAGAAACGCGAGCGCAACGCCCAGGCUUCGAACAGACACCGAGCCAAGAGACGGCAGAUGGCGCAGGAUGACAAGAAGCACAUUCAGCAGCUGCAGGAGGAGCAAGAAGAACUCGAGCGUCGCAUCCGCGACUUGAUGGCUUUAGCGGACCAUUACCGAGCGGACCGGAACCGAUUGCGAGACAUUGUCCGUGCUACUCCAGCUAUUUCCGAUCAUGCAGCAGGACCACCGAGUCCGCGGACUACAGAGUAUAAUAGCGGCGCAAGUCCAAUGCUGCACCACGCACCGCAUGGUCCGGGCGCAUUGCGAGAUUUCAGAGAGCACAGUAGCGAGGCUUCGUCGAUGGAUCGCACUGCGCAGAGGCCUAUGGUGGAGGAUCGACAAGAACCAUAUGCACACCGGCAUGGAUCCACGACGCCGAACUCCUCCACCGCUUCUCUGCCGCCUGGGGGAACGUACAUGCCACUGCCCCGACCGACCUCCGCCUCGUCAUCCACAGGCAUGGGAGAAAGGCUCCCGUCGCUGAGGACGUUAGAAGGCCCGCCUCCACCUGUUGCUGAUGGCCGCGUGUGGGAACGGGAUUUGAGGACAGGACAAUGGGUUCUGACACAGCCACGGCAGUACGAGAUGGGGUGGGCGACAGGAGUCGCUGGGCCUCGUCGACCGCACGAAGGGCCACAGUGAUGAUUGCUGUGCCGUCUUUGCUGGUGUUGGCCGGCAUAUCGCGCUUCAAAACACGCGGCUAGUCCCCCUCCACGCGGAACCAGCGAUGCUAUAAGCAAGACAUCUGUCGAC